UGCUAAACUGAGCGGCUCUAUAGGGUGGCCCUUUUCAGUAGAGUUCCUGUCUGGACCAUUUAUGGCUCACUGGGGGAAAUACAUCGAGGAAUGCACAGCAGAGACCAGGCUGGACUGAGAGAAACCGCAGGAGGAGCGAAAAAACUGAUCUGGGAAAAGCAAAAAGUUGGAGACUCAGAGGAGCAGGUGGAGCCCGGCAUCAGCAGCUCCAGCAAUUCAUCGUUUUUCCUCCCAACAGGUGACUCCCCCUGACGUUCAGAUGCAUUUAUCACUGGACACCAUGAGCAUGGUGGACGACAGCUGCCUCUCGCCCAGCAACUUCCACGAAAUGGGGAAAGGCGGGGGCGCCGCAGUCGGGGGCCGCGUCCACAGCAUCGAUGUCAUCCUGGGCUUCAAUAAAGACCAGGACCCCUUGCUAAGUCCUGCCGGGCCCAUGGGGCCCCAGAAGAUGGGCAUAGAUGGCCUGGGAGAUCACGUGAAGCAGCAGGAGUCCUUGUCCCACCCGUCCUACAGCGGACACCUGAGAAACAGCAGCUCACAACAGCAGCAGCAGUACCAGGAUGCUGGUUUGUACACAAACAAGAGUGACGAAGAGCUGGGUGAGCUCAGGAAAAAUGUGGAGAGCGAUGAAGGAAAGUCACCUGAGUCAUGCAAGGAUGAUCAACCCAAGAAGAAGCACAGACGCAACCGCACCACCUUCACCACCUACCAGCUGCACGAGCUGGAGCGCGCCUUCGAGAAGUCCCACUACCCAGACGUCUAUAGCAGGGAGGAGUUGGCCAUGAAGGUGAACCUCCCUGAAGUACGAGUCCAGGUCUGGUUUCAGAACCGCAGAGCUAAAUGGCGUCGGCAGGAAAAAAUGGAUGCCAGCACCAUGAAGCUUCAUGACUCCCCCAUGCUGUCCUUCAAUCGCCCGCCUCCGGUUCACACCAGCAUGGGUCAAAUAACCAACUCCCUCCCGUUGGAUCCCUGGCUGACGUCUCCCCUGUCCAGCGCCACACCCGUCCAGUGUAUCCCAGGCUUCAUGGGUCCAGCUCAGGCCCUCCAGCCCAGUUAUCCCAGCCAUGGAUUCCUCAACAGCGCCCCCCAUGCUCCUCACCCGCACGUUCACCCCCAUCCUCCGUCGGGGCAGGGGAUGCAGAGCAUGGCUCCCCCACCUUACCAGUGUCCAGCCCCGUACUCCGAUAAAUUCCCCCUGGAAGACGUGGACCAGCGCAGCUCGAGCAUUGCCGCUCUGAGAAUGAAAGCCAAGGAACACAUCCAGUCCAUGGACAAGACCUGGCAGCCCAUGUGACUAACUGACAGUCCAUGUGAGGGACAAUCCUGGCACAAAACAGACAAUGAAAACUCCUGUCAUGCCUGCUCGGCCACAAAAUGGAAGUGAGACUGAGCUGUGAAAACUGAAGAACAUUUUUGGUACUUUCUUUUCUUUUUAACUUUUUUCUCAUCUCCAAGACUUAAAAGUGAAACCAUGUGUGAGAUAACCAAUCACACUAUUGGUUAUCUCUUCUACCUGUUGAUGUUUGGUGCCUUGGGUGCAACAAAUUCAGAAAAACCAACUAUGGUCAUCAUAACUUGCACCCAAGAAACUACUGUAAUUCACUGUUUUUAAUUAAACAUGCUUUUUAAAAACUCACAGACAAAUUAAUUCUCACAUUUUAUGAACAUACU